CAUCCAUCUCUACCGUUUCGGGCCUUGCAGUGGCCUCACAUCCCACCGCAAUCUAGAUCUGUGCUCUGAAUCUUAAGCUCUAUCUCUCUCUCUCUCCGCAACUCUACGACGCUUCAUGAGAGAAGCAAUGGAGAGGUUCGUCGUCGUGGCCGCGGUGGCAUUGCUGUUUGUGACGCAGGUGAGAUCGGACGGGUCGAAUCACAAGUACAAGGCUGGAGAGGCGGUUCCGCUCUACGCCAACAAGGUCGGUCCGUUUCACAAUCCCAGUGAAACAUACCGCUACUUCGAUCUGCCUUUCUGCACACCAGACCAUGUCAAAGAGAAAAAAGAAGCUCUUGGCGAAGUCUUGAAUGGAGACCGUUUAGUCAGUGCACCCUAUAAACUUGACUUCUUAGUUGACAAAGACUCUGAAAAGAUUUGCAGCCAGAAGCUGACAAAGGAAGACGUCGCUAAGUUUCGAAGUGCUGUUACUAAGGACUACUACUUCCAAAUGUACUAUGAUGACUUGCCUAUCUGGGGCUUCCUCGGAAAGGUUGAAAAGGAGGGAAAAGCUGAUCCUAGCGAGUACAAAUAUUAUCUAUUUAAGCAUCUUCACUUUGAAAUCUUUUACAAUAAAGACCGUGUCAUUGAGAUUAAUGUUCGAACUGAUCCCAGUGCUGUUGUGGACCUCACUGAGGAUAAGGAUGUUGAGGUGGACUUUAUGUACACGGUCAAGUGGAAAGAAACUAGUACUCCUUUUGAGAAGCGGAUGGAGAAGUAUUCACAAUCUUCUUCAUUACCACAUCACUUGGAAAUUCAUUGGUUUUCAAUAAUUAAUUCUUGUGUGACAGUUCUCCUCCUGACUGGUUUUCUUGCUACAAUUCUCAUGCGAGUCCUGAAGAAUGACUUUGUUAAAUACGCUCAUGAUGAGGAGACAGCUGAAGACCAGGAAGAAACUGGUUGGAAGUACAUCCACAGUGAUGUUUUCAGGUUCCCAAAGUACAAGUCUUUAUUUGCUGCAGCCCUUGGUUCUGGCACUCAAUUAUUUACCCUUACAAUUUUUAUCUUCGCACUUGCGUUGGUUGGUGUUUUCUAUCCGUACAACCGAGGAGCUCUAUUCACGGCCCUGGUCGUCAUAUAUGCACUUACAUCUGGGAUUGCAGGUUAUACUGCAGCCUCUUUCUAUUGCCAGCUGGAAGGAACAAAUUGGGUGAGAAAUUUAUUAUUAACUGGAAGCCUGUUCUGUGGACCUCUGUUUCUCACGUUCUGCUUCCUCAACACUGUUGCAAUCAUUUACAGUGCCACAGCUGCGCUUCCUUUUGGUACCAUUGUGGUGAUUGUUCUUAUAUGGACUCUUGUCACGUCACCUUUGCUAGUAUUGGGUGGUAUUGCAGGAAAGAAUAGCAAAGCUGAGUUUCAAGCUCCUGUUCGCACCACAAAAUAUCCUAGAGAAAUCCCACCAUUGCCUUGGUAUCGCGGAACGCUUCCUCAGAUGGCAAUGGCUGGCUUUUUACCAUUCAGUGCUAUCUAUAUUGAACUUUAUUACAUAUUUGCCAGUGUUUGGGGUCACAGGAUUUACACCAUCUACAGCAUCUUAUUUAUAGUCUUCAUCAUUCUUCUGAUUGUUACUGCUUUCAUCACUGUGGCUUUGACAUAUUUUCAACUUGCUGCUGAAGACCAUGAGUGGUGGUGGAGGUCUUUCCUUUGCGGUGGAUCAACUGGUUUAUUCAUCUAUGCCUACUGCCUGUAUUAUUACUAUGCACGGUCAGAUAUGUCUGGUUUUAUGCAGACUUCGUUCUUCUUCGGGUACAUGGCGUGCAUAUGCUACGGGUUCUUCCUCAUGCUCGGGACAGUCGGUUUUCGUGCAGCUCUGUUCUUUGUCCGUCACAUAUACCGCUCGAUCAAGUGCGAGUAGUGUGUGUGUCCAACUAGUAGGUUAUACAAAGAGGAGGAUGUCAUUUCUGGUAAUAGAGAGGACCGGCCAUGCAAGAGAACCAGUAGGAUGAUUGAUUUGAGGGAGUUUGUUCUUAGGGUAUAUCUGGGCAGUACAUAAUGGAAACCAUAUUUUACAUCUACAGCUCGCGAAGGUUAUAUAUAUAUUAGGAAUAUGUUUUUAGAGUUGGUGUUGUGAUUUUUUUUUUUUUUUUUUUUUGUAUCAGUUGGCAAAAGCCGAGAUGAAGCAGAGCAAAUGAAUUAAGAGGGGGGGCUUUUGCUUUCUGUUUAUUUUUUGGUUCCUGUUUUAAUUAUGCAAUAGCAGACUUUGGCCCUUAAUAAAGUGAGGCUGACCCGCGGAAAUUUGACUA